AUGGAUAUUCGUUUGGAGGCCUGGGAAGCAGAUGCUGAUGUCGCUCAAGCACUCUCCGACUAUUUCGGGUCGAAGGAGGAUUUGGAUGCUUUCUUGCAUGUGAUGGGUAAAAUCGCUCAGUUGUUUUCUCAGUUGAUAAAAGAUCCUACUAUCCAUGUACUAUCCGAUGAUGUUGAACAAAGCAAAAUGUUCAGUAAACUGACGAAGUUCGCCACCGAGAAGGAGAAAGGCGAGACAGCUAGUACCUUCAAGGAAAGAAUAAGAUUUUGGAAAAAAGAAAAGGAGCGAAAUAUAUGCCUGAAGAACCUUUCCACAUGGAAUAAGAGACUUUUUCGUUUAACAGAGCAAGCGCAAAAGGAACCUGUUACCAAAAAGUUACCUCUAGGUGCAAAAGAUGUUCCGUCAUCUCAUUUGCGGUUACUCUCGCAAAAGCUAUAUAGAGCGCUCGCCAAAUGUUGGAGGUGCAAUUGCUCCACGCAACAUGAAGCAAAGUUUUGUUUAAAGACUCGAGGAUAUUCUAUGAAGCCGACGGUGACAGAGCUCGAUUUCGACUUUUUGUUUUCCGUUCAGGAAGAUAUAAAACUGGGGAGAUGGCAAGAAGGAACUGUAGUUGUAAAAUCAAGCGGCGAAUCUUCAAAAGACGAUCGCUCCCUUUUAAAAAAAAUAUGCGACACAGUCGGGUGUAGAGGGCCUGUUGAUCAAUGUCUUCAGCUGUUGGUAGAAGAUACCGGAAAUGGCGAAAUGCUCUGGCAGCUUCGUUCAACUCCCAAAAGACUACCCAAAUCUGGACUUUCAAAAGCCGAAUCUCUGCAAGCAGUACUAGAAAAAACGAUAAAGUUACCCCUCGUCAUAAAACGAAGAUUAGCAGUCAUUUUCGCACACUCCCUAUUACAGCUACACGAGAGUUACUGGAAGAAUAAGGAGUGGAAUAAAAACCACAUAUUCUUCUUUUACGGCAUCUCUGGAACCCUGGAUUUUCAGCGUCCUUACCUAUCAACAAUUUUUGAUCCUGCAAUAAACGACAAGCAGCCGCCUUUAGAUUUGAACAGAUUCCACCGCAAUCCGAGUAUCUUGGCAUUAGGAAUUCUUCUCAUUGAGUUACACACGGGAAGGUUAAUCGAAAAUUUCCGUACCGCUGCUGAAAAGCAAGAUGUAAACGCAAACACAGAUUGGCUCGUUGCAAAUCGAGUAGUUAAGACACUAGAGGAUUGCUCACUUGGUUAUCGUGAUGCUAUUCAGUCAUGUUUAGAUACGCUGUGGGUACCAGCCGGUCAGAGGGUGAAUCUGGAAGAUGUGGCGACUAGGGCUGGUGUUUAUCAGGAUGUGGUCAAACCGUUGGAGGAUGAGCUUAUCUAUUUAUUUCGCGAGAAAAUAUGA